AGUGCUCCCACCGGGUUUAUUACUACAUCGUUAUUUGCAUGGGCUGGCAUGGGAAUCAGAUAUCCAGUAUAUAUAGAUUAUAGUCUAAGAGCCAGUGGGCGGCUACCUGCAUGUAUUCGACCAGACCUGGGUGUUUGUACAUUGAGGCCCCUAAUACCUACCAUACAUGAGGUGGGGACCCAUUAAGCCCAAAGCGGUCAACGUCAACUGCUACAACCUCGUUCAUGAUGUCGAAUCUUGACAAAACUUUGAGAGAUUUAUUUCCGACCGUAAUUCCUGAAUCUGACAUGAGAUCGAUUAAAAAGGGUUGGACGAAUUCUAUGACAAACACAACUUUGAAUCAAUUGAAUUCCUGGAUGACGAUUUUGAUCGAAACUUUUCAGCUUCCUCAACAUUGAAUCCCGUUGUCAAGCCACGAAUCUGAUCCAACAUCAAAUUACACCAAGCACUUGUGACCGAAUGUCAGGUUCAAUGUACUGCUUCAUUGUAAGGCUAGACAAAUUUUGUGUCCAACUCUGUUUACUACGUCAGCCUCUGCUGGAAAACGAGCAAAACCUAUAACCCUUUGAGCUCCUAAGAGAUUGCAGUCUAAUGAUAGUUACUUGAUCUCACAUGUAUUAGACUACAGUUCCACCCAUCAGCUUCAGGCAAUCUGUUACAUUGAUAACAACUGACUUUUCACUACUGCAUAGUUACCUGUUCAGCUACACAGUAUUUCUUCUCAAAAGAAUAUCAUCAACGAUUUCGUAUAAACUUACUCGAGCUCUCUUACAAUUGAGUCAGUGAUUGAUGUUUUUUGGUGGUACAACGUCAACAAUUUCAUUCAAAAACCCGAUAAUUAGCAUCCCUCAAAUUUAGCAGCGCUGAACUAUGAGAAAUAAAGCGGAUAGUCCUAAAAAUACUGUGUACUAUGACGGGCGAUGAUAUGUAAUAUUCUCGAAUAUAAUUGGGUAGAAAUGUAAUUUUAUCAAGUUUUUAAGAAGUGAUGUCCGGCUUCACUUAUCAUAAAAGUAUAUUCUGCAGCAAAGAACAGUCUGGGCUUUUGAAUUCCUCUGUGAAUUAUUUUAUCCAGAUGUUCUACCCUUGAAGCCUAUUCUAAAUGAAACUGGUCACCUUUGUCCUUGGAGAGAUUGGGAAGAAUCGGAGCAGUGUUUACCACACAUUUUAUAUUCCUGAGAGUCGAGUCGGCUCUUCUCUUCAAAAUUCUCCAACUGCCCUUGGAACAACCAGAGGAAUUUUCCCAACAUUUUACCCCACUGGUAAACUAGUAAUUAGAAUAUCUCUGGAGCAAUGUCAUUUUGUUGGUGAUAUGGUACGGUCUCACAACCUAUGGCAGGAGUGAAAGCGUUGUGCUGCAACAGAGAUCAUGUUGCAAUAUUAUAUUUAUUCACUUGCAGCUUGUAAGCCCCCACAGGCACCUCGGUGUAAAAGUAGUAUUGACCGAGUACAUUAAUUGUUUAAAAAUAACUACUACUUAAAAGACUUCAAUGUAGAAAAAUAUUCAUCAAUAACAGAAAAAAAACGAUCAAAAUGACUUCAUAUCAUGCUAGUCGUUGAAUCGUUAUUCCGUCACCGGGUAGGUGCAAAACUAGUUCAGCAUAUCUAUUCUCAAUGAUUGAGCAAUGAGGUUGAACAGCGUUGAGCAGUGCUACGUUGAAGAAUGAGUGAUGUGAGUUUCGAAUUGUUCGCCUACUGUGUAAUCGCGUCCGACCAUUUUUGGUGUCUUUUUCAAAUUUUUGAGGCAACCAGCAACGAGCGAACAUCUUUUUUUCGGGUCGCUACCUGGACAAUCUCUAUCCAAAUAUUUGGAACGAUCACAGAUUCGGUUUUAAUCGCUCGUACUCUAACGGACGAUAUAUCCAAGGAAAAAAAUACACACGAUCUCAUCUAGUCUGAUUCUGAGAAUUUUGGUAUAAUAUAAAAAACGUCGAACAAAAAUAAACAAUGGGAGAAAAGGAUGACAGUGCCUGGGUAUUUGACUCACUGGUUGGGUUUUUAGAAGGACCAAUUUGGUCCGCACCUCUGCUGUCAUUCAUAGAAGAAAAAUCACUCGUAUUUGAAAAGGAAACUGAGGACAGUGAAGAAUAUCGUCAGGUGUACCAGGAGUACAAAAACUUGGUGGAUCUUCUUCUUGGAUGUUUCAUGGAAGACAUGGGAAUAUCUCCUGAGCAAUUCGAGCACGCUUGUUCUUUGAACCAAAAUACUAAAAUGCCCAUCCAAUUUCAACAAAUAUGGGCUGCCAAUGAGUAUGAGAUUUUCAAAAAAAUGAUGACACAAAAGAAUUUAGAACUGCAGCUGCAGGCUUUAAAUUUGAUCGAACAAAGAUUUGGACUAACACCAGCAUCACUGAUGUACGAUACGGAGGGUUUGCAUGACCUAGUGAUGAAAAAAUUGCAGCAUGAGCCCAUUAUAGGGGAUCAGGCAAACAACGAUUCAGAAUUAGAAUGGAACGGUAGGAUCCAUGGAUUUUCUACCAGUGGUUGUUCAGAACCCAAGCAGAGCAAGGUUGAACAAAUCGUUAAUGUAGAGUCCUUGGGAUUGGAGAGAUCUGAUGUCAUGCAGCCGAUACUACAGAAGAAACUUUUUGAAGGAAAAGAAAGAGUAGAGAAACUGCUGGAUGCAAGCAUCGACAUCGGCCAACAAAGUAUUUCUGUAAUGAGUGGAGGUGAAUCCAACACGGCCAGCGAAAAGGAAAUAAGGAGACGGCACGAAUACUUGAAGACACAGCGAGAUAAGUUGGUGUUGAGGAAGAAAGAAGUUCGUAGCAAACGGCUCAAGGCUAAUGCAACCGAUCGCCCCGGUUCAGCAAGAGUCGCUGCGGAGGCUUCUUUGAAGGGGAAUCAAGAAUUGGAGGUCCCACAACUCUUGGAAUCCUCAAAACUACUGGUUCGCAAAGCUCUGGCUGCGCGGCUGAAAGCUGAGGUAGUUCAGAAGUGAGAUCCAUGGGAAUGAUGUUAUUGAAUAGCCAUCAAUCGUUGUUUAAUGCAAAUCAAAGAUGAAAAAUCGCAAUACACAAUGGUGAUACCCAUUUAGAACUGGCUAGCUUCUCGAUAAGGCACAAUCAAACACGGAUCCAUAGUAGUAACAUACAUUAAACUUUAUAUUGUACGUAUACAUAUAUUGAUAUCUCAUAGAUAUUAAAACUAUUGAAACUCAGAUUUCUGUUCCCACUGGUGUCCGUUUGGUGAAAAUCACUUGGACAGCAUGCAACAGUGAUUUAGAUAACAUUACGAAUAAAUGAUAUAUGAUUUUACUGUAACCGGUCAGCAUAAUAAGGGCCGUAAAUUAUGCAUCACCUUCUUUCUGCAGGACUAAAUAUGACUACAUGUUUCGAAACUAGUAAUUUAGGUCAGGAAAAUUUUUGGUGAAUUGAAAAGAUGUUGUUUACUCUAAGAUUUAUUCAAUUAAAUAUUCUUUGUUCGUUUACAACAUUCAGCACUACAUUCAUCCAUAUCUUUCACCUUUUAUUCUCCAGUACCAAAUUGACCAGGCUGGAUAACGAUUGGAUACAAAUUAUUAUGAAAGUUGGAUCUUUGUUGAUCACACAUGAAAACUACUGGAUUUGUCUUUCAAUAAUUCGACAGCUAGUUAACCUAAAUAACGUUUCUUCAAUAAUUUUACGUAUAUCAGAAAUAUUAAAAAAAAGAUGUACAAAUACAAAUUUCAAUUCAUCUGAAAUAGAGUUAUGUACAAAGGCCGAACCGACCAUGAACAAGAAGUAACAUAUAUACGAUUUUUGUACUUGCAAAACGUACAACUUCUUUCAGUCUGAAAAAAAUGCUCUAUUACCAGAGGCGUACGGUGCUAUUGUUACUAAUUAUUCCAUCUGAAAAAUAACUUGACCUGAAUGAUUGAGGGGCGUGUAUACGAUACUGUACAUUACUAGGAAAAUGGUAAAUUUGAGGAAGUAUUAUCUAAACUUAUGAUUGAACUUAUUAUCUAUCCAGCCCGUGGUACACUGAUGCUUGUUCCUUUGUUACCACUACACACCCCUAUUAUAGUGCUACCAAUUGAUACGUUGAGUUCUCUCGAGUCCCAGUGUACCACUUGAAUUCCACUACGGGACUCGCUACAUGCCAAUGGGUAUCGUCGUGCUGAUGAUAGGUUGUAACAUAAGGUACUCAUCAUUUUCCAGUUUCUUAUAAAGACCAAAAAAAAGACCUUAGUAUUGUUUUUAUUUAUCUAAUUAUGUAUUUAUUGGUUUUUUUCUUUCACCAUAGAAGGAAAACUUUUACGCUAUACUAGAACGCAUAAUUAUAGACAGGUGUGAUAUUUUAUAUUGUGAAAACCACCGAGUCGUAUAUCAGUGCAGUUGUGAACCGAAUUCCAUUUGUAUUUCGUCUUGUUCCAUCGACUACAAAUAGUUGUUAUUAUUACUACUGUUGUUAUUGUUUUUUUUUUUU